AUUCACUUGAAUUAGAAGUCUGUCUUUGGUUCAAGGCUCGACUUUUACGCUUGUAUCCCGAAGUUGAUGAUAGUCCGAGAGGAUCGGCGUCCUAGCGAUUGCAAGCAGCAAGCAGAGAGAGAGAGAGACGCUCAAACAUCCCGCGGACCCUAGUCCAAAAAGGGAGAAACGGCCUGAAUAACACUUCUAUAUCCUGGCUCAGAUCGUAUCGAUAAGCUCGUCAAAUGGAGGAGGACAUCGACUACAGCUAGGUUAUUCGGUAUUAUUCAUAGUUGAGAACGAAGAGACCACAUACGACUUCCGUCAAGAGAUCACCCCGCCAAGCAGCGGGCCGUUCUUGGUCGAGAGGACGCCGCCUCGCACGCAGCCAAACUUGGAAUCUUGACCUGCUUCACGACCUCGACGCUACACGAUCAUCAUGCCCACACCACUACCUUCCUACCUCCCGGCCUCGUCUCCCUUUGCUUCCAAACCGGGCACUCCUGCAUUCACCCUGAACCUCCCGACACCCAAGAUCCAGCUCGCUCUGACGACCCCUUUAGGCACUCCCGGCUCGGCCGUUCUCGGUCGAUGCGGGUCAGUACCGUCAGCUUCGACAUCAAACACGACGACAACGAGGGCAUCCAUGGCCGUUGUAUUUCUUUUCGAUACGUCUCUGGGACGAGAAGCUUUCGUCAAGAAUACGACGGGAGAGGGCAGCGUGGUCGGUGGGAUCGUAAGCGGGCUGGUAGAGAGGGGGAAGAAUCGGGCCAAGGCGACCAAGUCGGGCGUGCAAGACAAGGGAAAGGAGAAGAGUGUCGGGGAAGAUAUGGAUGGUUUCGAUCUACGAAUCUCGAUCGUCAUCACCCACUCGACUCAACCCGGAUCCAUUCCAAACUUUACAUCUUCCUUGUUCGCAGAUCCCUUUGAUCAGACUCAAUCGCCGAUCGUCUACCAGCAAUACUUUGUACCCUACUCGACCUUCCUCGCCUCGCUCCCGCUCUUGUCGACGUACUUCCCCGUCUUGCCCUUGGCGUCAGCGCCGACAUCGGGCAGCGAGCCAGGGAUUGAGAAAGACAUUAUGGGGGGAACGUUGGGGUAUGACGAUGACAUUGGGUGGUUGUCAGAAUUCGGUAUCGAUCCGGAAAUUCCCAUUGGAGGUGUAAUGGAGGAAAAGACGGUCUCCCCAGAGAAAGGACUGAAGGGUUUACUAGAAGGAUUGGUAGUCGGUCUAGAGAUGUUUGAUGCCAAUGUCAAGAAUCCGUUCCGUCCCGCAAUACCUGUGACUUUCAUGGAUAAGACGCUCAAGGCGGGGGACGUGUCUAUCAAGGGUACACCCGCAAGCUCGUUCGCCCAAAGCACAGGUCAGAGGAUGACCCCAGCGCGGACGGACGAGGCCGAGCGUUUCUUGUUCGUCCUUACGGCCCGGGACGCGGUAUUGCCUCAACGUACAGAGUCUCAAUCGAAGGAAACCAGCGAUGCGACCGUGCCAGCCUGGAAACGUACCACAUCGGCAGACGAAGCCGAGGCGAAUCAAACUUUGGGACCAUCGGGCCAUACGGGCUUGCCUAGCCCGAGCCCUUCACCAGAAGACGGCGAACGACGGAAACCGAAGCCAGGCACAUCGACAACAAUGGAAGCGAACAAGGAGACUGCUGUGUCGACGUCCAUGUUGGACACGCCUGCAGAGACGAGUCCCGCCGCAAUGACCACGACGGUGCAGGAGAGCCGGGUGUCCGGAAGUUCGCUGGGAUGCAGACUGGUCGGGAAUACCGACGCCAAGUACGAUUAUACGACGUGGCGGGAUCUGCCGGAUCUCUACUCGGCUCUUCAAGUCGCCGUCGCGCUUGUCGAAACCGAGGUCGACGCUAAUGCUAAAGAUGUCGAACAGACCAGUCUGGUCCGGUCGCUGGUCGCAUCAGCAGAAGGGCGGUUAGACAAGACGAAGUCGACAGCUGAGAGGGAAACAUCGUGGUGGCCAGAUGUUCCCGGUGGAAGAUCUGCGACCGGCGGGUUCAUUAAGCACAAGUAUGCUGUUGAGACCGAGGUAGAAAGACCCAAGCCCGUCGUCGAAUCGGUCAAGAACGUCAAUGGCAAACGACCCAUUUCCGCCGCCGCUUCUCCCCUUGAGCAGGACCUCGCAAACGAAGCUAAGCGAUUCAAGGCCGAUGCCGCCGCCGCAGCUUCGGCACAACAAGCCAAGAUGACGGCCCAGUCGCAAAGCGGUUCGACCCCGGGUAACCGUAAUCAGGCCAUCUUGGGAGGGAACACGAGCGCUGCGGCAGCAGCUGUGCUGGGUUUGAAUGGUACUUUCACUCCGGCUCAGAUCUCCGCGAUUCAGCAGGCUCGUGCACAGCACUUGUUGAAGAGAAAGCAGUCGGACGCACAAAAACGGGCGAUCGCUCCGAUGCCAGCCGCAGGGAGUAAUCCAGCCGCUCAGCAGCUGAACGCCGCGCAGCUUCAACAGGCGGCCUUGACUUUACAGAAUCCCGGUGCAGGACAAAUUGGGGGAUCUCUUAACGGUCAACAAGGCGUACUCCAGAUGCAAGCUUUGCAAAACGAGGUGUUGCGGCAGCAGGCGGCGAGAGCGGCUGCCAGUCAACCUGAGAACGGGGCAGGUACGAUACAACAGGGCGGGCCACAUCCGCUGGGUUCAGCGGUCGCUACCACCGCACAACCCACCACUCCGUCAGGUGGUCCUCAACGAGAGGUUCCGAUCUGGCACGGUCGGCUGAUGGCGGUCCCAGCUCAGUCCGAGCAAGCGGAUACUUUACCUUCGGUCGUUGCUAUCUCGAUGCGUGGCACUGAUCCUAGCACGUACAUGCCACAAUCUUGGCCUGCGGCUGGGUCAACAUUGACGCUGACCGGAGCGAAAAAACUUGACAUGAACGCUGUGCAAAGCCUUGCCAAACGGGGACGAUGCCCUUUCGUCGAGUUCCGGGCACAUGUGGAAAGUUCGCAAACGGGCGAUUUGCAGGCGCAAGCGAGUAAUAACCGCGCAGUCUCACAAUUCGCGGCCAAACUGGCAAGCGGGAACCUUAUGUUUAUCUACACGACAGGCCCAACUCCAGGAGGUGGUUUGGUAGUGGUUCCCCACAGAAGCUCGAACGGAACAGCUCGAUUACUCGGAGCGUGCUUCUUUGCUACGCCUAUUCCUGCGAAUCUGGGAGAGCCCCUCACCGCACCGGGAAUAGCUCCUCGCCCUGGCGGUCAAAACCGCACACAGCAACCUCAGCUGCAGCGAGCUAUACAGCCGGCCAUCGACGGAUCACUGGUCCCACAACCAGCGUUGGUCCAGCCCGUCUUUCCACCUCAAUCACAGAAUGGGCAGGCGCCGUUCCAGAACCAGACUGUAUCGAUGUUGCAACAGCAGCCACAACAGCAAAUGCAACGUCCUCCAGGUCCCCCAGGUGGAACUGGCAUGGGGAAUUUCCCGCCCCAAAUCCUGGACGGUUUACGAGCGGCUUUACAGGUGCAAGUGCCCGGGAUGGACGUGAACAGUUUACCACCAGAAAAGUUGGCUAUGCUAGCAAAUCAGCUCACGAACGUGAAACAUCGCCAGCAACAGCAACAACAACAGCAGCAGCAGCAGUUGCUGCAACAGCAAGGUCAGGCGAAUAUGCAACAAACGGGGUCGGCCUCCGGGAUGAAUAUGAUGCAGCAUAACCUGCCGGCGAACCAGAUGCAAAAUAUCCGGCCGGGCAAUCAGCAGCAAAUGGCUUUGCAGAUGGCCAUGCAAUUGGCGGCUCAGCAGCAGCAACCUAUGGCUCAACAAGCACAGCGACAGUUGCAGCAGCAACAGCAGCAGCAGCAGCAGAGCUAUCCGGUACAAAUACCCAAUCAAAACGACCUGAACAAUUACGGAAUGGGCGGGAACAACUUUUACCAGUAGAUCCCGCUCGCCCCUUCUUACAAUCUUGACUCUCUUAUGCUAUCCUUUACGACACCUUCUGCAACGUUCCCAGCAUCUAUACCAAAACCACACUCGCUGUCGAUCAAGCGAGUGUACUUGAUGACCGCCUUUCGCCUGAGGCAUAUAGACCCGACCUUGAAUCGCCCAUUUGUACUUUGCCUUGUAUACGGUACUGUAUCUCGCAGGGCUACGACAUAGCAGGUUGUAUUGUCAUCAUGAAACCUACCUACGAGUGUACAUCACGGCCAGCUGCCAUUGACUGUCAGCUGUCACGAGUCCUCGCACUUUUUGCGGACCUGCGGCGAUCCCAGGUGUCCGUGUCAUUGUUGAACUACCGAA